ACCAGCCUUGUUGUGGCCACCUCCGAGAGAAUCACCACAUUCUGUAUAAAGGACUGAGGCAGGGAGCCUGCAAAGUGCUUAAUUCAAUAUUAAGAAUUGCUUGCUGGAUUGGAACAAAAGUGAAUAUUGAAGAUGAGCCAAUUGGUACCCCAGUUCAGAAACUAAGAGAGCAGAGAGUAUGAGGAAACUUUCCAGAGAACAGCCAUAGCUCAAACCCAAGGUCAAGAUUAUCCCAGCAUGGGCAUGAGUACUUUGAAAUUGCUGAAAUAUGUCUUGUUUUUCUUCAACUUGCUCUUUUGGUUCUGUGGCUGCUGCAUUUUGGGCUUUGGGAUCUACCUCCUGAUCCACAACAACCUUGGAGUGCUCUUCCAUAAACUCCCCUUCCUCACGCUGGGCAAUGUGCUUAUCAUCGUGGGUACCAUUAUCAUGGUGGUUGCCUUCUUGGGCUGCAUGGGCUCUAUCAAAGAGAAUAAGUGCCUGCUUAUGUCGUUCUUUGUUCUGCUGCUGAUUAUUCUCCUUGCUGAGGUGACCUUGGCCAUCCUGCUCUUCGUGUACGAACAAAAGCUGAGUAAGUAUGUGGCUGAGGGCCUGACCGAAAGCAUCCAUCGUUACCAUUCAGACAACAGCACCAAGAUGGCGUGGGACUUCAUCCAGUCAUAUCUGCAUUGUUGUGGUGUAAAUAGCACAAAUGAUUGGACCCAUGGCAUACCAGAAUCUUGCCCCCAAGAUGAACACGUUAAGGGUUGCUAUGUAAAAGCACAACAGUGGUUCCACUCCAAUUUCUUGUAUAUCGGAAUCAUUACCAUCUGUGUAUGUGUGAUUCAGGUACUAGGGAUGUCGUUUGCAUUAACCCUGAACUGCCAGAUUGAUAAAACCACCCAGGCCCUAGGGCUGUGACCUGCAACUGCCCUAGGCUGGAGAGACUUGUUUCAUCUCUGAAGAUACAAAACCACUUACAGCAUGAAGCCCCAAAUGAUCACCUUCUGGACUGGCAUCUUUGUCCUCCUUUCAUCUCUUCCCUGUUUGGGUCCCUGUCUUAUACAAUCAGAGAAGAGGGUGUAGAGCAGGAGCUUCACAUCUCAGACAGCCAGAUAACCACCCACCUGCUGAUGGCAACAGCCAUGUCCCUCAAGGUGGUGAUAGAUACCAGGGUGAUUUUUAGACAUGAGGGGCCAAGAAGACCUGCGGCCCUAGUGGCUCAAGAUCAAAGGACUGUUUCAGGAUUUGAAUGUUUGCAUCUUCCCAUUUUCAAAUCACUCUCCUGCCUCUAAAUUAUGCCAAGUCUGCUCUACAAAGUCACACAAGAGACAGACUGAAGGGAGUUCUGGAGCCAGACUCACUAGAUCAUUGUCACAAUUCUCUGUUUUCUUUUGAUCAGGGGCCUUGGUUAUAAGAAUGACAAAGUACUCUCUUCAAAGGCAAACUUUCAUUUAAUUUUCUUAUUAAAAAGUGCCUUGUUGAUUUAUUCUAAGCCUUUCCAGAAAAAAAAUAUUCAUUGACUCAUAUUUUUACUUCAGCUAGUUCCUUAACCUUUGAGUUACGUAGCCAUGGAGAAUCUCAGCAGUACUAGUAUCUUUGGUAGGUUAGUUGAUAAUCACAUUCAGAAGGGUUCCAGUGCUAUUUUUCUAUCAGAUGAGUUUUGUUAUUUGUAUUUUAUUUGUAUUAUUUUAACUCUUCAAUAAAUAAAAUAGCUUAUGGUUUCAA